ACAGUAUUUUUAUAUUUUUAAUUGUUUUUAGGAUGAUCACCAAGGAGUUACACCAAGUAGUUUAUUACUUUGUAUAUAAAUAAGUAUUGUAGUAUGGCGUUUUCAUCUUUGGAGUAAGUAUGUUGGAUGAGGAGAGGACGAUAAAAAUAAUAGUAUAAUUAAUGAUUGACAUAAUGGUGAUUUUUUUUAGGGUACAGUUUCUGUUGUUGAACGUUCACAGAAUCAUUUUCAUUGGCGUGUUUAAGAUAAGCCGCAAAAAAUAAACCAAUCAACGAGCGACGUUACAGAGACUCUAUAUUUUAUAUUGUUCCGAAUCUUUUGUGGGAUAAAACUUUUUUUGGGAGAAUUCACCGGCAGAGACAUCUAGGAUGGAUGCUUCAGGGAAGACAUUUUGUUAGAAGAUACUGAAAACGACUAGAUUAAGUAAUUAUAAGUGUUAAUAAAAAUGAACGGAUUCAGUACCGGUGAAGAGGAUUCGCGUGGUGCAUCCGACCAAAUUUGUUGUCUUGUUGACGAAGGGGAGAGAUGUUCCAGGCCUGCAGGCAAUGCUUCUUACAGCAAGCGGAUUCAAAAGACUGUUACUCAGAGACGUCUCAAAUUAAAUUUAGAUCAUAUGGCAAGACAUAUUUACAUAUGUGAUUUUCAUAAACAAGUGAUACUGUGCGCGAGAUCAAAACAACAGCAACAGAGACGAAGAAAAGACUCAGAAGAAGAUUCCGGUGAAACUGAUAAUGAUGUACCAGAUGUUGAUUUAUUCCAAUUACAAGUUGGCACUUUGAGAAGAUACAAAAGACACUACAAAGUACAGACAAAACCUGGGUUGAACAAAGCACAACUUGCUGAUACCCUCAUGAAACAUUUCAAAACAAUUCCAGUAUCUGAAAAAGAAGUAUCAAGUAUAUUUAUUUACACCGUAAAAACUAACGCCAAUAAACUAGACCAAAAAAACGGUGUUAGUAGUGAUACAACGUAACCAUUAAUUUAUUAUUUUACCGCAAUAACUAUUAAAAUUAAUUUCCCUUAGAAGUAAAAAAUUGAUAAGCAAAUAUACUUAAUAAAUACUAUUCAAUUAAUUAUAAUUUAUAUACUUUUUAAAUUGUUAACAUAUUCAUUCAC